AUGAUCGGAGUUUCAGCAAUGAACACAACUAUUCAUAUCGCCCAGGCGUUUAUUCGUCACGAGGAGCAGUCCGACUACAAGUGGGCCUGCGACAUCUGGUAG